AUGAAUUGUGAAAAGGGUAUUAAUAUCAAAGCUGAAAAAAUGAAUGGGCUUUAUGCAUAUGACGAAGAUGAUGUUUUCUCUAAUUCUACCUUGUCUGAUGUCGAAAAAUCCUUCAAGUUCUGGGAUGGUGUAAAUAACUGUGAUAUUUUCAACAUAUGUAAAGAAUUUGAAGAGAUUGAUGACGAAGAAGAAACUCAGGAUAAGAAAGAAAAAGUUGAUACUCCUAAAUUACAACAUAGCAUAGAAAUUAAUACGAUUGCAUUAGAUAAUGAAGCAACUGGUGAAAACAGCAAUGACAAAACCGAAAAAAAUCACCAAUUUAACCCCGAAUUAAAUUAA